UUGCUGACUGCUGACCUUGACACAGAAAUAUUCCCAGCCAGCCCGAUCAUCCCCCCGUCAUCGGGUCUCAUGAAUGUCAAACUUAUGGUCAAGCCUAAAGCUGUGGGGAUGCUCAAAGUCUUGGGUAAGUUCGGCAUCAUUGACAUAUGAUGCAGGGAGGAGAAAGGGGGGGCAGCAAUGUUGCCUCUGUGGUCAGUGGGAACAGUGGGGCUUGGGGGGGGAUAGUCUUUGGGAUGUUUACUUCAGUAUAUAAUAUGAGCCAGGGUGCUGUGUUGAAGGGGUGUAAAAAAAAAAAACAAACAAGAAACAAUUUGAGAACAUCACAGAGCCAGUGAAUUGGCAUUCUAAUGGUUUUGGAGGAGCCACAAGUGAGGUUUUAUUUUUCAAGUGGAUCGCCCAAGCAUUGGGUGUAUUAGUUUUACAUUGCCCAUGGAAAUCCCUACAUUCAAAUUUAUUUAUUCUUGCUUCAUAAUUGUUUUUGUUUUCUUGUGCGUGCUGAGCUCACUAUUUUAACUUUCUGAUUCACAACCCUCAUCACCUCUCAGGGUAUAGUGAGAGGUGAGUGGAAAGGAGAUAUGUUAAGGCUUGGAAGUAAAAGAUAAGACAAUUGAGCAGGCCCGGGUGCCUUCUUCAGCAGGCAAAACAAAGUACAAUAAACAACAGAUAAAUUUAAAUUAAAAAAAAAAAACUUUGAAAACAUCUCAAUAAAGUCAAUGUAGCUCAAUGUUCAGAACAAGAAGCGCAGUAACAUAGAGAUUGAACGCAGUUCCUCAUAUAUCAUCCUUUCAGGGUAUACAACUGUUGUUUGCGGUGUCAAAAGUAACUGCAGAUUACGUGACCUGACCAGUUUGAAGCCAGCUCCCAUAACAGACAUUGUCCUUGAAGUCCUGCCCCCGCUGCCACGGAUUGCUCUGUCUUGUUCCCUGCCAAAGUCCACAGUGUUCACCACAGGGAGUCUGGCUGACGAUGUGGUGACUACAGGCUCUGCUGUGUUGUUUGCAGGCCAGAGGUACUUUAAAGUAUUCAUUUUCUAUAUCCUUAUCCUGGAUCACAUUUCAUUCAUUAUAAAAAGUGUAACCACAAUGAUUUCCAAGUUUUUUUCCGGAUGUGCAACAUAUUAAACCAGUGGCUAUAAUAAGCAUUCAUUGUUUGAGGAUACCCCCUUUUUUUGUUUAAAAAAAAUCUUUAUCCCACUGCCUAUUGAUUGUUAUUCAUGCUAAUUUUCAUCUGUGGACUCAUGAAAAUAGCUAUGCUGAAGUUUGGUUCCAUCAGAUACUGAUACUUAACCUUCCCCUACCCUCCCCAGCCGUGCAGGUAACCAUCCUGCACACACACAUAUCUAGUAGUAAACUCACCCCAUUGUCAGAUAUAACAUGUUUGAAAUUGUGUUGUUGGUGCGUUUCUUUGAAGAGACUAUAAAGUGACAGGGCAUUAAAUUCAAUUACCGCCCAGUGUUAGGCCAACCCUUUCUUCAAGUUCUGGUGUGGCUCUUCUUCAAACAUGUGCAUAUUUUAAACAGAACAAAAAUAUGGCUAGCGCAGAUGAAUAAAUGUUGGUCUGUGACAAUGCUUUACGACAUAUUAGGUUUGCCUCCCCCUUUUGUUGGUCAGCCAAUUUAUCAUAUUAAUUUUUUUAGUUGAAAAAAAUGCAUCUUUACUUAAGCUCAGUGGUUCUCAACCUUCCUAAUGCCUCGACCCUUUAAUACAGCGCCUUAUGUUGUGGUGACCCCUAACCAUAACAUUAUUUUCGUUGAGAAUUCAUAUGUGUUUUCCAAGGGUCUUAGGUGACCCCUGUGUAAGGGUCAUUUGAAUCCCAAAGGGGUUGCGACCCCACAGGUUGAGAACCGCUCCCUUACAUAAUUACCUAUAAAUAUGGCAAAAUAAUAAUAAAAAGCUCAGCCAGUGUCCCUUAUUUGUUGUAUGUUACUGACACUAUUUUCUUUAUAAUUUACACAUUUCUUUCAGCACUGAAUGUAUUGUCACAGUACAAAAUGUAUCUGAGUAUCCAUUGGAAAAGUUAACAGUCAAGCUUAACUCUAAAAAUGAUGUGCAAAGUAAGAUUUAUUGAACAGCUUUGAGGUUUUCGAAAUCAACAGCUUAAUGCUUUUCAUGGUACAGAAAAUAAUGUUAACGAAAAGUGGCAUCUUUUAUAUAUAUAUAGAUAUACGCUUUUUCUUAGUUUGUUCUGUCCGUUUCUUUGUUAGUUUGUGGGUGAAUCUUGCAUCUCAGAAAUGACCUACUAACUGAUCUCUCAUUGAGCUGAAACUUUUUACACUUACCCACCACCAAAAACAAUACAACACUUCAUAAUCAGUAGGUCACCAUUGACCUCCGCUGAAUCUUGAAUGAUCGCUGCAGAUAUUUCAGGAAUGGAAAGUGAUAGGGACAUUGGGUUGGUUUUCACUACAGUGUUUCCUUAUGCGCGGUUACUCAUUUCGGAUAAUGAUCAACGAUUAAAACAAAAUUUUUACCACAGAAAUGUGGCCUCUGACCUUUCAUGUCCACCCUAUUCCUUUUUUUAGUCUUGUUUCAACCCACUUCACCAUCUCCUCUUACAUCUUCCAAGACUAAAAAUAAAACAAUUUAAAAAAAUACUUAACUCUUUAUACUAACUUUCUUUCUACUUCUUCUCAAGAACUUCUCCCUCUGCCUUGUAUUGUUUCUUAACUGUCAGUUCUUUACUCUAACUCCUUACAAUAUGAAUUUUAUGAAUGUGCACCAUCUGAAUAACCUAAUUUUUUUCAUUAAAAAAAUAUAAUUAAUUAUCCAAAUGUAAAAAUUUUAUAUUCUUUUCUAAAAUACUGUAUUUAAUUCCCUCUUCAAAUGGUACUUUCCUGAAAUCUAACCUCGUUGAUUUGAACGUUAUUUACCAUUUAUGCUAUCCAGGUGCACUGCAGAGGAUACUGAAUUGGGGUGAUGAAAACAUCCAGUCCCAGCUACCACUGCUUCCCAACCAUCAGCUCUGCUUCUCCCUGUGCAUCAACGGGGACAGUGAUUUUCUGGUUCCAGCUGAGCAACCACUGCGUGAGUCAAUGAAACUUGUUUGCUUUUGAACUUCUAUUUGGUUUGGUGGUUGGUAUUGUCAGGGAUGUUUGUUUGUUUGUUCCUCAUGAGCACAAAUCAUCAAAGUACCUAGAUAAAGUGUGUUAAGUAAAACAACCAGACACGUAAUUCGAUCAAUUCCCAGUUUUAAAAAAAAAACAACAGAUUAUACAUAGUUUAGUGUAUACCUAGGAUAUGUGUUGUUAAAGCAACUGUCAUCAAUUUCAAGUUGUGCCUUUUUUUUUUUUCCAGUAUAAUUUUAUUUUUGUAAGUUUUUAAUAUUUUUAAUUUACACUCAUUAGCUAAAGCAAACGCCACACUUGAAAGUUAAGUUGUCAGACUUUAAUAAUGUGGAAAAUUUCAUAGGUUGUAACAAAAAAUAUUGUAUUAGUCCCAUUAUAUUUUGAAAGACCAUAUCCAGCUAUUUUAAUAAUAAUUAUAUUAUUGAUUGUCUAUGGAUUGAUAAAUGUUUUUUAAUUUCAAAUAUCAUUUUAUUAUAAGACAUGCGUCUCUUAAUUAUUAAAUCUUUUGAGACGUUCAAUUUUAUUUUUUUUUGUAAAUACAUUGGUCAGGAUUUUAUUUAAUGUGUAAUGCUAUCAUGAAUGACAAAAAAGCAGAUGAAAGACCCUGUGAAUAUGUUUCUUUUUUUCAGGUUCACCAAUGUCACAAUCUAGUCGGACAAGGGCUGAGAGCAUGGACGCCAAGGACAAGGUAGCCAAUACUUAGAUAUGUUUCAUUGAAGAAUUUGGGGCACCUAGAAGUACCUUAAGUUGCUUGUAUUAUGUACAAGGAAGAAUCACUCUGACAAAUCCUGUUUGGACAUCUACAAUUAAUAACUCCAUGUAUCUGAAUUGGCCUGCGAGAAAUUCUUGUAUUCUAAAAUAGAGUAUUUAUUGUUAAAAAAUAAUUUUUGGUGCUAUCUGUGCAUGUAGUGCUUGUCUUCAUAGAAGAUCAGAAAAUACAAUGCGGUAAUUAAGAAGAGUAUAAGCAUUGUUGUAUCUCCCACCAUUGACCUAUGGAUUCUAAAAGUGUAUCUAGAAGUGGCCUCUUUUAUAUGGACCUGUGGCCAUGCUGGGUCUGAAAAGUAUGGAACAGUCCAAUAAAGAUUUUAAAAUUACCAGUAACCCGCGGGAAUUGAAUGAGCCAAUUUAGGUCAUGACAUAUUUAAACACCAAAGUAGCUCAUCAUGCUUUUAACAGAUGACAGCUUGGUUUGUGGAGGUUUUGGCAAAGAUGGUUUUAUAAUUCUUUGUUUUUUCUUUUCUUCCUCCUAGACCAUCGACGCUGUGCUAUCCUUGAAGUACAGUGGGGGCGAGGGUCUCAAGGCUGGCUAUUGCAGGACGUGUUCGCUGGCCCUCAACUUGGACAUCUUACCCAGCGUGUACUUGACCAGUUGGGAUCUUCAGCAUACAGACAGGUCAGUCCCUGCCGCAUGGUUUGGCUCUGACACAUGACUAUAGAUUGUCUCUCACAAAUGACAUGUAAUAAUGGAGUGGAUCCGAUAGUGAAAUGCUGCGAACACAUCGGUGUCAAAUGUUGCAGGGCAGGGAAAAAGAGGUCGUGCACAUCAUUUGGAAUUUAAGAAAAGAUAUUUUUAUUGAUCCAAAUGAAUGGAAUUUUUUUUUUUUUAAAUUUUUACAUUCAUCAUACAUAUUUUUUUGAGUCUUAAAAAUCCUUGUUUCAGUUUUUCCAUUGUCCCUUAAAAUGUGUCAGUAGCAAGUCUUUCGUCGAGAGUUCCUGAUUGUGAGUUGUAAUUUCUAACAGAGUCUUGGCUUUUUGUUUGAACGGAGUUCUCAUUUUAUCUUUCCAAGAUCAUGGACACUCCAUAUAUAUCUAUGGCAGAGGUGUCUUUGUGACACUCCUUAUAUCUGUAGCUGAUGUGUCUUUGUGACACUCCUUAUGUCUGUAGCUAAUGUAUCUUUGUGACACUCCUUAUGUCUGUAGCUGAUGUGUCUUUGUGACACUCCUUAUGACUGUACGCGAUGUGUCUAUGGGACACCCCUUAUGUCUGUGGCCAAUUUGCUCUUUGGCUGGUGGUCAUAUGCCAGGGAAGAUAAUUUGGAAUGAGAAAAAAAAAUGAAUGGUACGAUGCAAAAAGAUACCAGAUCAGUCAACCUGGCAUGUCUCAAGACACACGUUGAGGACACGGGCAUGUGAAGGGGGUUGAAGUGGACUCUUGACCCUUGCGCCGAAAUCGUUAUUUUCCUUGUCCAUUUCAUGGCAGCACUUGUUUCUACAAUAGGGGUGACAUUUUCAGACUCUGUCUCAAGCGCCUCUUUUCUCCGGCACCAAGGCCUGGCUUUUCUCCUGCCCUGCCCUCGACCAAAUUUUAUUUGAUCAGUUUCAUUGUCAGUUGAUUGUGACUUCGUGCAUUUUAUGCCUAUAAUAAAACUAGAAAUAAUUAAUGUGAACAAAAAAAAGACACUUGACCCUUUUCUUUUACUAUGAAUGUCCAUUACUGCCACCUACAUUUCUCUCAACUAUCUUUUUUGUCUAAAUCCCCCCAACUUCUUGGAAGAUCUGGUGUGAAAAUAUUCUUAGAAAUAUUGUAUAAUGAUUGAUAGGACCUGCCCUAUUUGUGAUUUAGGUUACUAAUUAAUUAUGGUAAUCUGUUUUGUCUAUAAACUGCCCAUCACCCACACCCCAAUUUUUGGAAGAUCUGGUGUGAAAAUAUUCUUAGAAAUACUUUAUAUUUAUAUAUAUAUAUAUAUAUAUAUAUAAGUCCUGCUCUAUUUGCGAUUUUGGUUACUGAUUAAUGAUUGCGAUCUUUUUUUAAAAAAAUGUUAUGCACUUAUCCCGUUCUUUGACCUCUUAGAGUUUGGUGAAACAGUUAGCUUAACAAAAUGCUACAUUCCAGCUCCAGUGAAUGCCGGCUGUGCUUAGAUUUAAUCAAUGUGUCAAGUCAUCAAAUUGACAUUCAGUAUGGCGAUGACAAGAGCAUCAUUAUAGAACCACAACAAACAAGAAGGUAGAGCAAUCUGUGUGCAUGUAAAAGUUGGUUGCAUAGCAUGGUGGUAGAGAAUAGAAAUAUUAUAUUUGCUCUAGCAGGGUGAUAGAAAAUGGAAAAGUAUUAUAUUUGCUCUAGAUGGGAGGUAGAAAAUGGAAAAGUUUUAUAUUUGCUCUAGAUGGGAGGUAGAAAAUGGAUAAGUUUUAUAUUUGCUGUAGACGGGAGGUAGAAAAUGAAAAAGUUUUAUAUUUGCUCUAGAUGUGAGGUAGAAAAUGGAAAAGUUUUAUAUUUGCUCUAGAUGGGAGGUAGAAAAUUGAAAAGUUUUAUAUUUGCUCUAGUGGGAGGUAGAAAAUGGAAAAGUUUUAUAUUUGCUCUAGAUGGGAGGUAGAAAAUAAAAAGGUUUUAUAUUUGCUCUAGUUGGGUUUUAGAAAAUUUAAAGGUUUUAUAUUUGCUUUAAACCUUAGCCAUACAUUCUUGUAAGGUGACAAUGAAUUUCCAAUGAAUUAUCCUGGAUCUUUCUUUAUGCAACAGUUCAACUGGAAACAUUAGUUCAUUGUUUAAGCAUCAGAAAUCCUAGAAAACCCUCAGUAAAUAAGCAUGGCACCCUUCUGGGAGCACUAAAUGUGUCCAGACAUUCCCGUGGCUAAAACGUUACAAGCUGCUGAUGCUGUGCUCCAAAUGACCUUUUUGGUUCCCUUUUUUUCUUCAGAAUAUCUCUGAACGUCCCACGGCUGGACCCUGACCAGGUUGACACCAGCAGUGUACAGAAUGACCGUGUGCCACUACAUUACAGGACCAAGCUGCUCCCUGACCCUUACAGUCAGAUUCUGGCCAAUUAUGUUGACAUAAGGUGGACAAUGGUAAGGGGGAGGGGUUUGGGCUGGAGGGAGACUUGGAAGUUAACAGCCUGUAUGGAAACAUUGGAAGAUUAGUGUGUCCAGACAAAUUAGUUUUAUGAAUGAGUUCAUACAAGUUCUCAGUUAUCCAUGUUCUCAGAUUAAGAGAAAGAUAAUGAUGAUGCUUUACUCCUCCUCCAGCCUGCAGCCAAGGCCAGUGGUAAAGUGGGAGUAGACUACAUCAAAUGGACCACUGAGCAACUGUUGGUUUUGUUGACGCCCGAUGUCAGAUGGGGUAAGUUAAAGAUAGUAAUAAACAUGAAGGUUUCUUCUUCUAUAUAUUAAGGGCCCACGAUCAAAUUAUUUUUGAAAAUUCACUCAUUUCAAUUUUAGCUCUGUUUGUUCGUCAGUCAGUUUUUUUUUAUGUUUGAAAAUUACUCGAAAAUUAUAAAAACCUGACUUAAUACCUUUUUUUUAAUUUCAUUCCUUAAAAGUUAUUACAAAACACUGAACAAGUUGUUAAAUGUAAAAAAAAAAAAAUGUUAACUUUGUUAUUUAUCAGGAGUGCACUUGAACAAGAAGCCUUUCCUAACAUCAUCAAGGUUCAGAUUUUCUGUUGGUGAAAUGGUGGAGGUCACCGUUACCCUGGAAAACACAACAGGUCAGACAUAGGAAAUCUUUAAAAUCAUACACCACAGUUGGCAAAUAAUUUGAUUUAAAAAAACAAAAAAAAUUGUAUAAUUAACUUUAAGUUUAACUCUGUGCCCAUGUUGUUAUUUUGAGACCCACUAAGGAACCUAACUGGCUAGCAGUGUUUGAGUUUUGUUUCCAGUGGAACCUAACUGGCUAGCAAUGUUUGAGUUUUGUUUCCAGUGGAACCUAACUGGCUAGCAAUGUUUGAGUUUUGUUUCCAGUGGAACCUAACUGGCUAGCAAUGUUUGAGUUUUGUUUCCAGUGGAACCUAACUGGCUAGCAAUGUUUGAGUUUUGUUUCCAGCAGUUAUGUAACAUCUAUUGUACUGAAAUCCCCCCCCCCUUUUUUACACACACACAAUGGAUGCAGUUGAAAACUUGUAGUCCUACCAUUGCACCACAGAUAUGAGAUGACUACAAGGGAGUUUAGUAAUGUGAGAAUUAUCACUUGUAAUAUAAGGGAGUAUUGGGACUUGGUAGAAACCAACCAAUCAGAAAGGAGCGGGACGGAAAUAAGAAAUGGUGACAGUUAAGUUACGGUUUUUAUGUAAGAAGAUUUGGUCAUAGUGGUAUCUUUAUCAAGUAGAGAAGUUACUAAGAAGUUUACCGAGAAGCUAUAUUCCAAGUGUUUUCGGAUCAGUAUGUUCAGCAUGAAUAUUUGCUCGUUUGUCAAGCUCAAGUAUUAAUUAUUAUGAUUAUUGUGAUUGUGUGUUAAGUAUAUAAUAAAGUAUAGUCGCUAUCACUUGAUCCACUAAAUAUUUUGUUGCGUUACAAAUUUAGUUGCAGAGAACAAAGCAAAAAAAAUUUCAAAACUGAUACAAUUUUGUGGGGUUGGGGCAGAAAAGCACUUCAGUACUGGCAAAUAAAUGAAUGUUUUGAAAGUGAGCGUUUCUCACAUGUAAAUUAUUGAUUUGAUUUCUUUGAAGGUGAAGAGAAGGAGAAUUGUUCCUUAUGCAUAGAGCCUUGCCAACGACCUGCGGCAGAGGAUAUUGGAUUAGAUGGUGCAAACGUGUCUGUGAUUGGUAGCUCAGCUUUAUAUGUCCCAAAGGUAAGUUGAUCUAUGCCUUCAUGGUUUUUUUUUUUUUUGUACACAACAUAUCAACCUAUGUUUAGGGCAUUAGAUCAUGUUUCAAUGAGCCAAGUGUUAUAGCAUGUGUGUUGACCUAAUUUUACUUCAGCUUAGCAUUGUGGGGACCACAAGUUGUCUUCCCCUUUUUUGGUUUUUAAAUUGACGCCAAGUAUUAAAUAUGUAGCACUGUACCAGCCACACCCCUCCCUUGAUUGGGAAAAGGUUGUUUACGUUAUAUUUGUUCUUAAGAAUGCUAUCGGGGGAUGCAAUUUCUAGAGGGUUUUUAUUCUCCCCUAUAAAUAAGCUGACAGCUUUGCCAGCCAGAAGAGUUUUUUUUUUUUUUACUAAAUUUCCUAGACAUGGGACAAAGCAAUACACUUAUUGGAGCCUUACAAGAUUUUAAUCCUUGUGUGUAUGUGUGAGUGUAUUUAUAUUUGUAUCUUUCAAGGAUUAUACCUUUUCAUUUGCUGUGCUGUAAGUAUUGCUGUAAUAUAAUUUUUAUUUCUGUAAAUUUGAUUUUGUAUUUUUUAAUGUAAAUUUGAUAUUAUCAUUAAAUUGAAUGUUGUUAACACAGCUAGCUUUGGUAUCGUUUUUCUUUGUGUGAUGGUUUUCAGUCCUUUAUUACAUGUCGUUCAACAAACAAGCGUACUAAAACUGAUUAUAGCUACAAAAACCAGGUGACGGUGCGUAGCACAAGUUUACUGCGAUGUCCACUAUUCCUACUUAACCAUUCCAUGUUUUGUUUGUUCCCCUCACAGGUUGCAUCAAGCACUGAAGUCAAACAUUCGUGUUCCUUCAUGUUCUUUGUGCCAGGAUGGUACUCCCUGGCCAUAACUUUUAAACACAACAAACCAGCGGGAUGGGGCGACACUCCAGCACGUGCCGCUGCUGGUGGCGGUGGUGGGGACGGCGGCGAGAGGAGGACUGGGGGAUGUGACGGGGUCAAGUCAAAGUUCACAAGGAAACGAGAAGACUGGACGUGCACUGUUCCUGUCAAGUUUGAAGUGACAUGA